AUGCAUGACCGUCGGCAGCGGUUUCAUAUACUGAGUGAGUCGGUCAAAGCUGAUGAUGCAACAACCACGCUUGCCAUACUCGACACAGAUACACAGCACAAGCUCAGUCUCUCGGGACCUGCUUCUUAUCUCGACGUUGCAGGAGACAGCUAUCGCUGGGUAGAAAUCAUGACGAAGUAUAUGAAUUAUCUCUCGCCACGCGUGGAGGCAAUCACAAUCAACGAAAGAGGUCUUCUUACAUCCGUGUCCUCGAUUCCUUCUGACGACGACCUUGACGAUGAAGAUUUCUGGGACAGGGCGAGAACAAAUUUGGAGCAGCAGAAGGCUUCAAACCACUGCCCCAGCGAUUCAGAUGCUUCUCUGAAGAAAAAUAUCACAUUGGCCGAGGAAGCCGUGGACAGCUUGAGGCGCAGAGAUAUGGACUGGAUGACGGAGGCCUCUGGUGAUAAAAUUGAAAGAGGGUAA